AUACUAUUCGAGUAUAGACGCGGCCUCCAGUUCGCCCGUUCAUCACUAAUCCCACCAGGCAUCGGCACUAUAAUUCUACGCCAGAUGAAUCAUCACCGAGCAUGCACGUGGAAACGGCCCGCAAGCUUGCGAGCAGGCGUUUCGAUAAAAUUUUAAGUACCUAAAUUAAUAAGUAAUUGAUAAUAAUUGAUAAAAUCUCGAUAAGCUAAUAAGCACAUCCUGUACCUAGCCUCAUAGCUACCUAAAGGAUCCACACCUGGCCGCCGUGGCUCCUCGGCGAUGUUACGGUGACUAGACAGAGACACUGGUUUUUCUGAAUAUAUAUAAGGCUGCGAUAGAAACCAAAAUGGAACCCGUUGAUCGAUCACGACUAGUCUCAAUAACUCACAAGGAUAGCUUAAUAUAUACGCUCUACUUAUAAAACCCCUUUCUCCACAUAGAGUAUCAAAUGGCCAAGUUCUCCCACGAGGCUGUCUUCGAGGCCGCCUACCAGGCUGGCGAAAUCCCGGGCGUGGCCCUUGUGGCUGCUGAUGCCACGGGGAAGUUUAGAUAUGAGAAAUCAUUUGGCAAGACGGCUCACGGGGAGCCAUUCAAGACAGACAGUGUUGUGUGGAUGGCAUCCUGUUCGAAACUCAUGACAUCCGUAGCAGCUUUGCAACAAGUCCAACGAGGACAUAUUGGUUUAGAUGAGGAUGUCGGUAAGGUGCUCCCGGAAGUCGCCGCGUUGAAGGUUUUGAAGGAUUUUGAUGCGGAAGGGAAACCCAUUUUUGAAGACAGAAAAGAGCCAGUCACUUUGAGAAAACUACUCUCCCAUUCCAGUGGACUUACCAUGGAAAUGUUUUCCCCCAAGCUCCAACAGCUGGAGAAAUUCACAGGCCCUCCUGCGAGCCCUCCCAAGGACAUCGUAACCGAGUUCUCGCGACCGCUCGUUUUCCAGCCUGGAAAAGGCUGGCAGUACGGCACAAGCAUAGACUGGGCAGGUAAACUUGUUGAGCGAUUUUCCGGACUGUCCCUCGAGGAAUACAUGAAGGCCAACAUCUGGAGUCCGCUUAACAUGCAUCAUAUAACCUUUGCUCCUGAUUCAAGGCCAGAGACAAAGUCGCGCAAGGUGGGAAUGACUCUUAGGGACAAGGACGGAAAGCUACAUCCGACGACAGAGGGCUACUUUUUCCAAUACGGGGACAGGGAGGAUGCGUACGGCGGAGCAGCGGGCUGGGGAUCCGCGGAUAGCUAUCUGAACAUACUACAGAGCCUAUGCGCAAACGACGGCCGGGUCCUGAGCAAGGAACUCGUCGAGGAGAUGUUCCGGCCGCAGCUGGGACCCGAGGGCAAGGAGACCUUGAACAACAUACUCCAUUCCGACGAGGAGUCCCGACGAGCUAUUAGUAACACAUUUGAUAUAGACCACCAGGUGAUGGAUUACGGACUCGGCGGAGCGAUCGGCCUUAAAGAUGAAGUUGGCAGAAGGCAGGCUGGGACUAUGUCUUGGGGUGGCAUGCCGAAUUUGAUCUGGUGGAUUGAUAGAAAAGGCGGCUUGUGUGGCGCGUUGUUCACAAACCUGAUACCGGUGGGAGACGCGAAGAUUGUCGAGUUGAUGGCGCAGUUUGAGCUGUCAGUCUAUGAGCAGUAUGAAGAAUUUAAGAAGCAAUAGGUAGUUUGGCUGUUCGGCUAAUCCGACAUUUCUCUAUGUAAUCCAAAGCGAAUUCUAUGUAAUCCAAAGCGAAUUAGGUAGUUCAAUCAAUGCCGUUGACUUUACCGCGGUGAGGUUCAUUACUCGCAUAAUAUGUUUAUUUGUCUUGCUGACUGCAUGGCUGGUUGACUGCCUGCAUCGGAUAUUUCGGAAGUCCGUAAUCAUUGCAUGUUUUGAUAAUUGAGGUCGUCGACGAAGUUUUUAGAAUAAGACGUUCUUGAUUACAUGUGUAUUUCACAAAUAAUUAUAACCAAUUUUGAGGUUGUGGACGGAAUGAAGUUGUGAGAUUUAUAUUCGUGGAAGUGGGAUAGAACCAAAAAUAUUG